CGUGUCAACAAGCGCAACAACGGGAAAAAUGGAGGAGAAAUUAAUAUUGCUGGUUUCUGAGCAUCCAUGUCUCUACCAGAUGACUUCCCCGGACUACCACAAUGUAAAUUUGAAGAAUAAUGCCUGGAGGAACAUUUCCUUUGCCGUGGGUCUACCAGUAGAAAAAUGUCGUAAAAAGUGGAAGUACCUGAGGGACACAUAUAAAAGAGAGAAAAAUGAAGAGAAAGAGAGAAAGAGGUCAGGUUCAGGGGCAGCAGGAGGCAAUCGGAGGUGGAAGUUUAUGUCCAUUCUAAACUUUCUGGAGCCUUACAUCCAGGACAGGGACACCUCUAGCAAUUUCAGUCAAAAUAGGACAUGUGAGGAGGAUGUCAGUGUAGAGGCUCUCCUCGAGUCCCUGGUAACACCAGUGGAGGUAGUGUAGCAUACUAUGUGAACUUCAAUGUUAAAGUGAUGCUGUAUCUUUUUUGCUGCUAUAUCGGUUUAAUAAAUUGCAAUUAUUUACGU